GCUUUUCCUUUCUUGUCAACAGCAACAUGCCGUUCAAAAGAAAAGGUCAAAAGGCUUCUAUCGACAUCAGCAACAUCGUCAAGCGCGACUUCUCGUAUCUUGCGCCCAACCCCGAUAGCGCCAACCAUCCAUUAUGGAUUGAUCCCGACAAAGGAUACAUCAUUCUAGAGCGCUUUCAUCCUUUGGCGGACCUAGCGACUGACUUCCUCGUCACUAUCGCGGAACCUCAAUCCAGACCAGCUUUCCUUCACGAGUACAAGAUCACACCGCAUAGUCUCUAUGCUGCUGUUUCUGUUGGCUUAAAUGGCGAAGACAUCAUUAGCACUCUUGACAAGUUUCUCAAAACAGAGCUUCCGCAGACUAUCAAAGAGUUCAUCAGAUCGUGUACGAAGAGUUAUGGCAAGGUCAAAUUGGUUUUGAAGAGCAACAAAUAUUUCGUCGAGAGCAGUGAUGCAGAUGUCCUUCAGGCUUUACUUAAAGAUAACAUCAUCGGCCCUCUUAGAGUAAACGGCUCUGACGAGAUUACUACGGCGCGUGCGCCAGCACUGGGUGGCUUGGUUAUUCCUGGAACAAAGAACGCGGCGGGGGUUCAGCAAGCCAAUCUUCCACAAAUCGUAGACAAAGAAUCGGACCACAUUGAAGCCGUAUUAAAUGACGAAGAAAAGGAUGAUGAGGAAGAAGCAGUUCAUGCCUUUGAGAUCCCCGACAGCGCCGUUGAGGCCGUUCAGAAGCGAUGCCUGGAUUUAUCGUACCCCAUUCUAGAAGAGUACGACUUUCGCUGCGACAGCAUCAAUCCCGACUUGGACAUCGAUCUGCGCCCAAACACCCAAAUCAGACCCUAUCAAGAAAAAAGUCUCAGCAAGAUGUUCGGCAACGGUCGCGCCAAAAGCGGAAUCAUCGUUCUCCCAUGCGGCGCAGGCAAAACCCUCGUCGGCAUCGCAGCAGCAUGCACCAUCAGAAAAGGCGUCAUCGUCCUCUGCACAAGCUCAGUUUCCGCUGUGCAAUGGCGCAAUGAGUUUCUCAAAUGGUCAAACAUUAACCCCGAGGACAUUACUACUUUCACAUCCGAAAGCAAGGAGAAGUUCUCUGGGAGUACUGGUGUGAUUGUGACGACGUAUUCAAUGGUUACGAAUAGUCGCGAGCGUGCGCAUGACUCAAAGAAGAUGAUGGACUUUUUGGCAGGACGGGAAUGGGGAUUGAUGCUUCUUGAUGAGGUUCAUGUUGUUCCAGCCAAUAUGUUUCGACGUGUUAUCUCGUCGAUUAAAACGCACUCUAAGCUUGGGCUUACGGCUACGUUGCUUCGCGAGGAUGACAAGAUAGAUCAUCUCAACUUUCUCAUUGGGCCGAAAUUAUAUGAAGCGAAUUGGAUGGAACUCUCGCAGCAGGGGCAUAUCGCCAAGGUGCAAUGCGCUGAGGUCUGGUGUUCUAUGCCGACUGUCUUCUACGAGCAAUAUCUCCAGGUAUCGUCUCGAAUGAAGCGAAUGCUAGCCGCUAUCAAUCCCUCCAAGUUCCAGGCUUGCCAAUUUCUUAUCAACUAUCACGAAGCGCGCGGUGAUAAAAUCAUUGUUUUCUCGGACGAGCUUUACUCCCUGAAACUCUACGCAUACAAGCUAAAGAGAUACCUUAUUUACGGUGGUACAAGCCAGGAGGAGCGACUCAGGGUUCUUGAUAAUUUCCGACACAGUCCCGAAGUGAAUACGCUAUUCUUGUCCAAGAUCGGCGAUACGUCACUUGAUCUCCCCGAAGCAACGUGCCUCAUCCAGAUAUCCUCACAGUUUGGCUCCCGCCGUCAAGAGGCACAGCGUCUCGGCCGCAUCUUGCGAGCAAAACGGCGAAACGACGAGGGGUUUAACGCCUUCUUUUACUCGCUCGUCUCUAAGGACACAUCCGAAAUGCAUUUUGCGUCAAAGCGGCAGGCCUUCCUUAUCGAUCAAGGCUACGCAUUCAAAGUGAUCACCAAGCUAGUCGGUAUUGAAAAGACGCCUGACCUCGCAUUUCGUACUGCGGCUGAACAACGGGAGUUACUACAGGGCGCGUUGGUUGACAACGAGACGGCGGUUGAUGAUGAAUUUGCUGCAGAUGAUCUCUGGGGUGGGGAGAAGAGUGGUGGAAAAGGGAAGAAGAACACGGUGAGGCGCGUCGCCGGCUAUCUUGAUCAACUUAGUGGUGUGCAGGAUAUGGCGUACAUUGAACGGAAUACUUCUUCCAACAAGGGUCUGAAGAGGACAAAGGGCGAAAAGAGCGAAUUCUUCAAGAAAAUGGACAGAGAAAAGAAGCGACGGAAGAACAAGUGA